UUUGGACGCAGAAAACUGUCACAGACCGGCCUAGCACGUGAGAUCCGACCGCAUCUCGCCGAUCUGCUCGAUCCUUAAACUUCGUCUUUUCCUUUUUUCCUAUCUUCGUACUUGCGCUUUGCUCUUCUUCCACGGAGCGACCACACAAUUCAAAACGUGAAACGUGUAGAAUGAAAUUGGAGGAUGUGGGUACGAGAGAAACCUACUUCGAAAGUGAUUUUUUUCGGUUGGAUUUUUUAUGUGAAUUAUGGGCGGAGGAGUGCCGUUGAGAGCGGUGGCUAGGAAAGUGUGUGGUACGGUGAAAACCGAAGAAAGGACUAAUUAGAGUGUACAAUUAAGUUGAGUUUCCGAGACAGUGUGUCAGGUCAAGAAAACAACGAUGAUCGACCACAAAAGAUGGAUCUUCAGAAUCCUCGUUUGGGCAUACGUUUACGCGAUCGUUUCAGCGAAUUUAACAGAUUCGUCAGAGAUCGAUCUGUUCAACGAAAUGGACACGUCCACUACCACGAAGAGGACGUUUCCUGACAGGUGUCUCGUGAAAACUGAACCAGGACCAUGCAAGCAGAACGUUCAAAAAUGGACGUUCAUCAAGACUGAAGGAAAAUGCAGGACUUUUCUUUACGGUGGCUGCUUAGGAAACGAGAAUCGUUUCAAUUCGGAAGUUGAGUGUCUUUACCAUUGCGUGGGUGGUCCUGAACAUACACUGCCACCUUAUUUGAUCACAAAGGGAAACGUAUUUGUAACGAGCACUGCAACCACGAACACACUGCCUUCUACUACCGCCAUCACUCCACGACCAACGUUUGCACCGCCGGAACCAACGAAACCACCUGUACCAAAGUACAAAAGAGGAAAGGAACUAACUUUCAUGGAGUCUGGCUACGAGAAGACUUUUAUGUUCGCGCAAAGUAACACGUUUAUUCAGCUGGACGGUAGCGGUAUAAAACCUUUUCAACUUCGACUGUGUCGUGAGAUAUCUUUCAAAUUUCGCACGAAAUUACCCCAUGGUCUACUGGUCUACCACAGCGUGAAGGAUCGACCAGAGAGCUUAGACCCUUAUGCUCUGUACGUGAUCGUAGAGAAGGGCCAGUUGAAAGUGGUGCACGUGUUCGGAAAGCGGUCAACCAGCCUGACCGUUGGCGAGGGGUUGAACAGGGACGAAUGGCAUAGCGUUCUGGUGAGAAUCGACGUCCAUGGAGCGAAAUUGAUCGCCAGGGUGGACGAUAAACAGGAGGAGACAACGCUCGAAGUUCUGGAGCACGCAGUCAAUUACGGAGUGUCCGAAGAACUCGCGUCUGUCGUCCUUAUUGGAGGGUUGAGUUCCGAGGAGAGACUGCACGGCGUGAAGUAUAUAAUAGAAUCGUUUGUUGGCUGCAUAAGAGAUAUGGUUCUCAGCUCAGGCAAAUCGGCCAGCGAUUUGUUGCCCAUUCAGCCUCUGAUUGCCACGAAGCACGAAAAUGUGAAAGAGGGCUGCAUAGACAAAUGUAGAACACGAGAGAAUCUCUGUUUCAUCUCGAGCCAAUGUGUGAACCACUAUAAUAGUUUAACUUGCGACUGCUUUGGGACGAAGUACGAAGGAGAACGAUGCGAUGUAUACACGGCCACGAUCUUAACAUUAAGAGGUUCUUCAUACGUCUCGUUCCGCGUUUACGAUUGGAAGGACAGAGUUCACUCGUCUGUGAACAGGAUAAGCCUUGCAUUCAAGACGAAAUGGGACGACUCGGCUUUAUUUUACGCGUCUGGUGAAAUCGAUGGAACGCCACACUACAUAGCAGCAUACAUCAUGAACGGAUCAGUUCACGUUGCAUUAGAUUUCGGCCACAAGUCGAAAAUCACGACGAAGCUAGGCGAUUAUAUCACCUCGAACCAUUGGAAUAAUUUAACGAUAUUUCAUAAUGGAUCUUUGGUUUUCGUUAGUUUGGACGAUGAAAUCAAAGUGCUUGAAAUUCCUGGCGAGAAUUAUAAUAUGAUCAUCGAUCCUGAGAUCUACAUUGGCGGUGGUCCUGAAUUGCACAAGAAGAAAGGCCUUCGGUCGUAUAAUAAUUUUGCAGGUUCGCUGAAGUACGUUUUCUUCAACGACAAGUCCAUUAUUUAUGAGUUGAAACGUUCCAACCCCAUGGUGCAUUAUAUCGGUGUAUUGGCGCCAGAGUAUUACGAGGCAGAUGUUGAUGUGAUUCCAAUAACGUAUCCGUUUGCGGACAGCCACAUUUGGUGGCCAAUAGCACGCACCGAUUCCCUUAAACUGAGCUUCGACUUCAAAAGUUCGAAACCGGUGGCUGUGGUCGCGUCAGGGAAUGUGACAAGUAAUCGUAGUCUUGGAUACUGGGAGCUGCGCGUGAUAAACGACGAAAUUCGCUUUCAACUGAUCCCGGUGUUAACGGAGAACAUCACGGUCUCCACCGCCGUCAAAUUUCCCCCUUACAAUACCUCCUGGCACGCGGUCGAAUUGAAUUACACGAGAGGAGAGCUCAGUGUCCUGGUGGAUUAUCGGAACAAACACAGCAAACUUUUCUCCAUGGCGUUCGAAUUGGGCGACAAAGUUAUCAUCGGAAGUGGAAAAAGCAACGCGGGUCUCGUUGGAUGUAUGCGUGAAAUACAGGUGAACGACGAGAGAAUAGAACCUAGACACGUGAUCAAUACCGAUAGAGUGAUCGGCGAGGUGGCCUUGGAUAAUUGCCAAUUCGUCGAUCCUUGUACCAGGCCGAACACUUGUGAACAUCAGGGGAAAUGUUCGGUGACAGAGGACAGAAUUACUUGUGACUGUACAGGCACUGGCUACAUCGGGAAAAAUUGUCACUUUACUAUAUACAGAAAAACCUGUGAAGAGUUAGCGUUAUUGGGAUAUACCCAGGACAGAGCUUACACAAUCGACAUCGAUGGAAACGGUAGAUUCCCUCCAGCGAAUGUAAAGUGCGAGUUCCAGUCUAUCGAGGACUCGACAAAGACUAUAGUAGAACACAAUCUGCCCUCACAAGUCGAUGUUAGAUCCACUGCAGAAUCCGAUUUUUCUUUCGACAUCAAAUACAGAGAGUUCACUGCAGAGAUGCUACAGGAAUUGAUCUCACAUUCGUUGUACUGUAGUCAGUACAUCAAGUACGAUUGCUAUAAAGCGCCAUUAGAAUUGCACAGUGCUACAUGGUUCAUUAGCUCGAAAGGAACCACCGUAGACUACAUAGGAAAUGUGACCAGGGGAUCCUGUCCUUGUGGAAUGAACAGGACAUGCGUCGAUGCAAAUCUAAGCUGUAACUGUGAUGUUCUCGCCGGAACCGCAGGAAAAUGGCUGUCUGACGAAGGAUAUUACGAAAGACCAGACUCCUUAGGCAUCACCAGUAUGGUGUUUUUGCAACAAAAAGAUCUCGAGGACGAUGCACAGGGACGAAUUACCUUGGGACCGUUAGAAUGUGUCGAAACUAAUACACAGAAAUACGUCGUCACUUUCACGACCUCGCAAUCAUACAUCGAAGUGCCUGGUUGGAGGAAAGGAGAUAUAGCAUUCAGUUUUCGAACAACUGGAGAAAAGGCCAUUCUUCUAUAUCAACCACCAAUUAGAAGCAAUUAUCCAUCCUUCAUGGUUGCUUUGACUUCAGAAUUUCGAUUGACGUUUAACUUUACUCUAAAUACUGGUACUAUCAGGGAAUUGGAGGUGCAGAGCAUAAGAAAGUUGAACAAUGGCGACUGGCAGAAAAUCUGGAUCGACUAUAAUGAUUAUCACGUCAGAUUCAUGAUCAACACCGACUAUCAAAUGGUUGAAUUGUUACCUGAAGAAGAGUUUGGGCCAUUCGAAGGUUCUAUGUUUAUUGGCGGAGCCACCGCAGAACACUUGAGGACUUCUUCAGUUCGCCAAGGACUCAUCGGCUGUUUCCGUGGUUUGGUUGUGAAUGGGGAGAUUUUAGACAUUCACAGCUACAUGUCGGUCCACCUAUCCGAGAUCAUAAAGGACUGCAAACCCUCCUGUCAACCUAACAAGUGUCAGAACGGUGCCAGAUGUGUAGAACUGUGGAGCAACUUCGAGUGCGUCUGCGAGAACAAAUGGGCUCACCUUGGCACCUAUUGCGAGACGAAUAUAAACAACAAAGCCUUGACAUUCACUUCCCAAGGUGCGUAUCUCAAAAAGAAUUAUUUUGGUAAGGACGAAGAAAGCGAAGAAACAGUAAUAUUGAAGAGUAUACUAUUACAAAAUAUUCUGAUCAACUUGAGGACUUAUGAUACUCAUUCAUUAAUCUUGUAUGCGAAUGAUCAUUUGAAUAAUUUUGCUCAUCUUUACAUCUCGAAUGGCACCAGUAUAGUGUAUCUAUUCAACGCUGGGAAUGAGAUUAAGAACAUCACCGUGGAAUAUCCAGGUGUGAACACAGGAAUUUCGGUCCAAAUCGCGAUAAUUCGGAACGAAAAAUCAACGACACUUCACGUGAACGAGUACAACUCUACCCUAAACGCCACUCCAAUUUUGCUAGACACGUACUCGAAUAAACCUUGGAUAAAUCCUGAAAAGGAAGUACUGGCACCUCAGAGGCCACCAGCACCGCCCAGCAAUUACUUCCAGGUGAAUCUAGGAGGCUUCGAUUCGAAUGAUCUGCUGAGGUUCGGCAAAGAAGAUAUGCAAAUUAAGGGAUAUGUCGGCUGUCUUCGUGGAUUGAUGAUCGGAGAAUAUCUAGUUGAUUUGCCUAGCCUUGCGAACGAGGCUAAUCACGAGGGCAGCAAAGGAGUGCUACCUAAUUGUCAGAUGAAAUGUGACGCUACCCCGUGCAAGAACAACGGAACUUGUACGGAAGAUUUUGGAAGACAGGAGUUUUCUUGUAACUGUGAAUUAACGUCGUACUUUGGGGAACAUUGCGCUGAUGAAAAGGGAGCAGACUUUAGUGGCGAGAGUGUUCUGCAGCGCGAGUUCGACCCAGUUGACAAAGUGAACCAAGUGAAGGUUCAAUUAGCAUUCUCAACUAAUGAUGUUCAACAGCAUACCAUGGUUCUUCUACUUUUACAAACAGAAAAUAAAUUUUUUUUCAGAAACUACUACUUGCUGGUUGCCUUGUCGUCACAAGGUGGGCUGAUUUUUGAAGAAGACAGAGAAGGCUCCGUAUAUGAAGUACGUUUACGUCCAGGAAGAUUCGCAAAUGGAAACCGACACAGCAUUUACUAUGUUCGAGAUAAUAAUACGACUACGCUUCUGAUCGAUCGCCAGCCGGUGCAAAUGGUACCAAUGCCAGUGUUGAAGCCGAGAGAAGACGAGGACAAUAGUCCAGGCGUGACAGAAAUUCAACUAGGCGGUCUGAACACGACAGAUUCUCGAUUCAGCGGCAAUGAAUACAAGGGAUACACCGGCUGUCUGAGCAACGUCGUGGUAUCGAUCAACGGGGGACCUAGCAUGAAACCGCUCGAGGAAUAUAUGCUAUUUACGAAACAGGGCAGCGAAACGGUCAGGGCGACGAUACUUGCUGGAGUGAGGAGCGCCCAGUGCGCGGUCUUUCACACGGAACCACGUGGCCCUGAACCACCCAGAAACGAUAGCGUUGAUCGCAACAGAUCCUGGAUGGAGGAUCCUCCGAAGAGGAAUUUAUAUAAAUCGCAGUAUUCCGACGCGACACAGGAGGAACAAGGUGCUGGUACUUACAUCUUCAUCGCAUUGUGUUGCGUAUUCGUUACCGCGGUGAUCGGCUGCAUCUAUGAAGUUUGGCGAAGCGCAAGAAAGGAUCGACGUCGAAGACGCGAAGCCGGGAUCGCUGGCUCGCCCGUACUUUCAUCCUCCGGAUCUCAAAGAUGGCAAUCUCAACAGUAUACGGAUCAACUAGCUGGUGCCGUGAAAACGGUAGGCUUCAAGAACGUGACAGAAGAUGAGAAAAGACCAAAUGGCACGCAUAAGUCCGCGGCGAAAGAGUAUAAACCGCUGGCCAACGCGGAGUCGAAAGACUUAAUUAACGAUAAAAGGGUUCAUAUUAAAGCAGAUGAAGAACCAGAGAGGAAGGAGCUCCUAGGGGUAAAUACAGGCAUCAUCACUAAACCUCCGAAACCAAAUCCAUUCUCGAUGGAAGAUCUGCAGGAGGAGCCGGAACUGGAAGAAUGCGAAGAAGAGGAGGCGGUUGAGGAAGAAGAAGAAGAAAAAGGAGACGAUUCCAAAGAACAGAAUACAGAUGAUGAGGAGAGACAUCAGUUGAAAGGAGAACAUACUGACGAUAAAGAUUUUGUCAAGUCGGCCAUCACGCUAAAUGGUAUUGGACAACGAACGACAGUCAAAAAUUUUUCUGCAGAUUCUGCAAGGCGUUUCAUUUUCAAUCUACAACCAAUCUAUUUACCGGACAAUCGGAGAAUAUUUGGAUGUCCACUGAACUAUGUUGGUAUUGGAGAAUAUCAAUCAAGAAAUAGAAAUUCCGUUGAGUCAGUAUUGUCUUUGGAUUAAUGCUUCCCGAAUAUAUACGAAAAUUUUUUAUUUCACGCCAUAUGCAUUGUAUACGCGAGCAUAACUAAUUUCAAAACAAAUACGAAAUAAAAGAAUCCAUAUGUGUGACGAUAUACAUACAUACAAUAACGAAUGUUCAUUAAACAUUUCAUGAUAGUUUCUACGUUCGCGAAUGCAAGAAUCUAUAAUUUAUUUUAAAAAUAUGUAAUACUUACUGUUUGGACGUUAAUAUAGGUUGACACCAGCAAGGUAACAUUUUCGUUGUUUUUUCAUACUAUAUGUUGAUAGAUGUCGAUUAAAGAAAUCCGUGAAAAGUUGAUGCGUUUAUUGAAAAAAAGGAAACAAUAAAAAUUAUUUCUGAUA